ACGUGGCAUCCAGUGUAAAUACCAACCGCAGAUUACGUAUGUCUAUGUGGAUGACGUCUGGGAUUAGUCUUAGACCGUUCGUUUAGUGUCGCAGUGAGGUUGUUGUAGAGGACAUGAAGGCUCUGCUUCUUUUGGCACUGUGUGCCACAAUUAUUUCGAUACAAUGUACUAUAUUUCGCCUGCCAGCAAGCGUAAAACCGUUACGUUACACGGUUACAAUCGAACCGAAUAUGUCGUACAUAGGAUGGCAACGGUCUUCAUACUGGGGAGCCGUUGCAAUCGAGCUGGAAGUUUUAGAAAACACCGACAACGUCACUCUGCAUGCAAGUGAAAUUGACAUAGAUGACACCAGCAUUAGAGUGACAAGCAAUGGACGUGCUGUUAAAGUCAAAAACGCCUUGAAAGUGAAACAAGAUCAAGUUUACGUCAUCGAGCUGGAAGAGACGCUUCUAAAAAACAAAUUCUAUAACGUAUCCAUUGGGAAAUUUCAGGCGUACAUGAGCUCCAACAGCAGAGGAUUGUAUAAGGCUCAUUACUCCCACAAUGGCGAAGAAAGAGUGGUGGCUGUAACCCACUUCGAGCCCACAUGGGCGAGAUACGCGUUUCCUUGUUUCGAUGAGCCCCACCUGAAAGCCAAGUUCGCCAUUAACUUAAUCAGAGGCAAUGAGUACAACUCCAUCGCUAACGAAGCCCUUCAAACCACCAAGUCUCUAGGUGCGAAUAGGUACAUGGACGUCUUCAAAGAAACGCCCCCAAUGCCAACCUACGCAGUCGCAUUUGCCGUAUCCGAUUUUCCGUCCACGCGUAAAGUCGAAAGGCACCGCAUCCUCGCCCGGCCUGACGCUUUCGACGAACUGGAGUACCCCCUGAUGACAUCGGUUAAAGCCUUGCGAAUUCUCGAGGAGUAUAUCGGCGUCAAUUUCACUUUGAGCAAGAUGGAUACGUUCGCGGUGCCCCCGGGAUACUUCCGACAUUUCGCCAUGGAGAACUGGGGCCUGAUCACAUUCCAGGAAGAUCAAUUAAGGUGUUCGAAUAAGACGAAUCCCAUUACUUUGACUACCAUCACCAGUUACAUAGCGCACGAAUUUGCACAUCAAUGGUUUGGUAACUUGGUCACGCCCGCUUUGUGGGAUUACAUAUGGCUUAGUGAAUCGUUUUCGGCUUAUUUUCAAUAUUAUAUCGCUGCAAAGGUUCAACCCAUGUGGAGGAUAAUGGAGCAGUUCGUUGUAACCGUAGUCCAGGGUAGUUUCUAUGACGAACAACAUCAAGGAGCGCAUCCACUAAACUUUCGUAUCAGUCGCUAUGGACAGUUUCCUCCGUUCCACAUAAUGUACCAGAAAGGAAGUUCAAUCGUGCGGAUGAUGUCUCAUUUCUUAACCGAUGAGGUGUUUAGAAAGGCGCUUCACAGCUACAUCGUCGAAAAGCAGUUUACCAGCGUUGUCCCUGAUGAUUUGUAUAGAAGUGUACAGAAAACCAUUGCCGAGGAAGGGAUCGAACACUUGCUGGGUGGGAUGCGCUUUGACGAAGUGAUGCAAACUUGGGAUUCGUACAAAGGCUACCCCAUUGUAACCGUUACGAGGAACUACAGCAGUGGAGACAUAAAUAUUACUCAGAGAUCGAGAACCUUUGGCGAUGAGCAAGUUUGGAAAAUUCCAAUCAACUACGUUGUCUCUAGCAAAGGGGUUGAUUUUUCAAAGACGACAGCCGAUGUAUGGUUGAUUAAUGCAACAAUGGCCCUUCGGAAUAUGUCCAGGGACGGAUGGGUUAUUGUCAACAAGCAGCAAUUUGGAUACUAUCGCGUGAACUACGAUUUGGAAAAUUGGGAACGUUUAAUACAGGUGUUGAAGAGCGACAAAUUUGGAACGAUUCACGUAUUGAACAGGGCCCAGUUAAUCAAUGACGCUUUCUAUUUCGCAUCCAUCGAAGAAAUACCGAUAGACAUACCCUAUAGGUUAGCCGAAUAUUUGGUGAGGGAGAAGGACUAUAUUCCGUUCGCCGCUUUCUACACCACCCUGUCGAACUAUGGGUCCAUAUACUUCGGCAACACAAAAGCGACAGAAAAGCAGUACUUCCUCAACCAUCCUUUGAGUAACAGCAUAAAGGACGAAGAAGAAGAAGGCGGUUACAGUAGGGACUACUUAAUUUUUAAGGAAUACAUAAGAACAAUUUUGGCUAACAUAAGGGCCGAUAUAGGAACAGAGGAAAGGCCUACGGACACUUACGAACAGAAAGUGCUUCGAACCGAACUCGAUAGAUACUUUCCUUAUUAUUUUGAGUAAAUGAUUGCAUACGACUGUGUGUCAAUUACAACAUGGUAUAUGACAUAAGCUAACUACUAAAUAAAUUUUGUACUUUUUCAAUCCGCCUUGCAGUAUAACAAUAAACAAAAUCUGUUUUCGUGAA